AUGCAAAGCAAUCUUCUUAUUAACGAGCCAGCGGUGUUGGCCAUUUUUUCAUUUCCAAACACAACCAAAUCGGUAGAGCACGUGGGAGUUUGCCUCUCUCGUCGACACAGCCGAGUGCGCUGGUCGUUUCGGAGACGACCCGAGGCCUUUACGGUACCUCACUUUCCAGCCCAUACUGCGAUCCCGAUCUGGCCAGCAGCCACGGCUACCGCUGGCCGAAGCCUGGAUGACUGUAAUGCUUGGUUCCAACAAAGAGAAAAGUGCACAUUGGUUGUAGAACCUUAG